GUGUGUGUGUGUGUGUGUGUGUCCUUACUUCCUCCUGGUCUUUGAAAAGCUUUCUGUUUGUUUUUGACUCAGUCACAUUCACAAAGCCUGCUCUGUAUUACCAACACCCAGCAUUUUUCACUCCACAAUGAUUCAGAGCGAUACUGGAUUAUUUUACCCUCUUUUUUUGUGAAGAUAUGCAAAACUUUUUUUUUUCUGUUGCCACUUAUUAGUAACAUCACAUCUCUGAGAUCAUGAGGCCACAGAUGCUUUCUUUGAUGGGAGUGUUAGUUUAGGGUGGAGAGACUGUCAUCAUCAGGAGUCAGUUUGUUGGAAGGUACCUCCCUCUUCGACCUGAUUACUAAUUCGUGUUUGUCAAGACGUGAACCUCAGUUAGAGACCUUAAGCAAAAAAAAUCUGACACCAAAACUUUCCAUUGAGAGUAAAGACGUUUUUUUUCCUGCUGUUUUUUGCUUUUUAUCUUCAGAGGACGUUUCGAUCUUUGCUCUUUGCACUUGUUUCGUGGUCACCAUGCCAUCUUACACAGUGACUAUAGCCACAGGCAACCAGUGGUUCGCAGGGACCGAUGACUAUGUCUACAUCACACUGGUGGGCACGGAGGGCUGCAGCGAGAGAACGCUGCUGGACAAACCUCUGUACAAUGACUUUGAGAGGGGGGCGGUGGACUCCUAUGAAGUGAGAGUUGGGGAAAACUUGGGGGACAUUGUGCUGGUGAAGAUCGAGAAGAAGAAAUACUGGAUGCAGGACGACUGGUACUGCAAGUAUGUCACCGUCAAAACCCCAAUUGGAGAACAUGUGGAAUUCCCCUGCUUCCGCUGGCUGGUGGAUGAUAAGGAAGUGGUGCUUCGAGAUGGACGAGCAUUUCUGCCUCAGGAUGAUAAGACCAGCCUGGUGAAGCAGCACAGACAGAAAGAGCUGGAUCAGAGGAGAAAAACCUACAGGUGGAAGGAGUGGCAGCCCGGCUUCCCCAUGAGCAUAGACGCCAGCAGACACAAGGAUCUGCCCCGAGACAUCCAGUUUGACAGUGAGAAAGGAGUGGACUUCAUACUCAACUACAGUAAGGCAAUUGAGAAUUUGUGUGUGAAUCGGUUCAUGAACAUGUUCCAGUCUUCCUGGAAUGACUUUGCUGACUUUGAGAAAAUCUUUGUGAGAAUCAAAAACACAAUCUCAGAGUAUGUGAUGGAACACUGGAAGGAGGACUUCAUGUUUGGAUAUCAGUUUCUGAACGGCUGCAACCCCGUGUUGAUCAGCAAGUGCACCAAACUUCCUGACAAGUUUCCUGUCACUCACGAGAUGGUCUCUGUCAGCCUGGAGAGGGAACUGACCCUGGAGGACGAAAUGAAGGCGGGUAAUGUCUACAUAGUAGAUUAUGAGAUGCUGGAGGGCAUUAGUCCAAACUGUACAGACCCGUCCACACUCCAGUACCUGGCAGCUCCCAUCUGUCUGCUGUACAAGAAUGCACGAAACAAGGUCUUGCCGAUAGCUAUACAGCUUGGCCAAAAUCCAGAUGAAAACCCAAUAUUCCUUCCCACAGAUGGUCAGUAUGACUGGCUCCUGGCCAAGAUCUGGGUCCGAUCAGCUGACUUUCAGCACCACCAGACUGUCACGCACCUGCUCAGGACACAUCUGAUGACAGAGGUGUUUGGGAUCGCCAUGUUCAGACAGCUUCCCGCCGUUCACCCCGUGUUUAAGCUUCUCAUUCCGCACAUUCGUUUCACCAUCGCUAUCAACACCAAGGCCAGAGAGCAGCUCAUCUGUGAGUGUGGAAUCUUUGACAAGGCGAAUGCGACAGGUGGAGGUGGUCAUGUCCAGCUGGUCCAGAAGGCCAUGAAGACACUGACCUUCAGGUCUCUCUGCUUCCCUGAUAUGAUCAAGAGCCGCGGCGUGGACAGCAAGGACGACCUGCCCACCUACUUCUACAGGGACGACGGCUACAGGGUGUGGGAAACCACCAAGAACUUUGUUUCUGACGUGGUGAAUAUUUACUACACCAGCGAUGAGAGAGUGGAAGGGGACGAGGAAAUCCAGGCCUUUGUUAAAGACGUCUGCAGCUUCGGCAUGCAGGAUUUUGAUCACUGUGAGUUUCCAAAGUCGGUGAAAUCCCGUGACGAGCUGAUAGAGUACCUGAGCGUUGUGAUAUUCACUGCCUCAGCCCAGCAUGCAGCAGUAAACUUUGGCCAGUAUGACUGGUGUUCGUGGAUCCCCAACGCGCCGUCCACCAUGAGAAAACCCCCUCCGCAGGAAAAAGGCGUGGCGGACGUGACGAUGAUCAUCGAGAGCCUCCCUGAUCGCGGGCGCUCCAGCUGGCACCUGGGGGCCGUGUGGGCCCUCAGCCAGUACCAAGAGAACGAGCUGUACCUGGGCAUGUACCCCGAUGAAUACUUCAUAGAGAAACCAGUCAAGGCGGCUAUGGAGAAGUUCACCAAGCAGCUUGCAGAGAUAAGCAGCUCCAUUAAACGUAGGAACGAGGGGAAGAAGCUGCCGUACUACAACAUGUCGCCUGAUAAAAUCCCUAACAGCGUCGCUGUUUGAGCGCAACUCACUUCAUAUAUUAAAAAAAUAAAAUAAAAAAAGCAUUGAAGUUGAGAUUUUCAGGUUUGCUGUCAGAAAAUUGUUACUGUGAUUUUUUUUUUUUUACUUUGAGGCAUUUUCCUUAUUUGUGCUUUUCUAUAUUUUAGUAAUUACCAUGUGGUGUGCAUGGUUCAUUUUGUGGAGUUAAAUAAGGAUGCAUUUUCUGUGACAAAGCUUAAUGCUAUGUUAAUGGUUUUGCUUUUUUUUAGUGCGCAAAGCUGAAAAUAAGCAAGUGUUGAAACCAAUUUGUUAAAACAUGGCAUUUUUAAAUGAAGCCACAUACCGCUGUAGUCUAGAAGCAGCUUUCACGACAAUAUCUGUACAAUUAAACAAAAGAAUGGACUGAAAGAAAUAUUUAUGUAUAAAUAUAUAUAGCUAUAUAUAAUAAAAACAAGAUGAACUAAAAAGAAAUAAGACUCAACUGAAUUUUUAUUUGGUUCUUUAAUUCUACAUUUGUUCAAACAUCGUAAAUUAACUGAAAACAUCAAUAUUUCCUUUAAAAACUUAAUUGUUUUUUUUCUUUACCAAAGUCUUUACAGUUACCAUCUCAAAGAAAAUUCACAGACAAACGUGGAAUGAUAUAAGACAGGGGAACAGUCAUAUGUUCAAGUCCAGUCAGUAGUAAACAAAUGUAGUUUUUAUGCAAGUUACACUAUAAUCCCAGUUGUGAACGAACUCGGCAUUCUGGGUAAAGAUAGAAAAUAAGUUGAGCAGAAAAUAUUAAGUCUUUUGAAAUCAGUGAAGAGUGACGAUUUGUAAAGCUCAGUUUCCCAGACGUGGAUUAUGAUGAAAAAGACCACAAACUUGUGACAAGAAGACCUCUCCUGGAUUUUACUCUUUAACGUGGCCCGAUUUUUUUUGUCUUUUUAAUCAAACCUACAUCAAAAAUAUCAACUUCAAGAAAGGAGCCAGCUCCUGCGAGUUGAAAGGUAAAAGGAAAAAAAACUUUCAUCUCAGGAAAACUACAUCUUAAUUCCAAGUCAUUUUUAUUUCUUAAAAAAAAUUUAAAUCUAAUGCUGUGGUUUCCACACAUAGCAGCUUUUUUAAAACUAAUUUAAUUUGAACACAGUAUUUAAAAAGCUUUCUAAAUGACAAAGUGCAAAACAAGAGUGGAGGUCAUUUUCACUUGUUUAAACCAAAAAAAAAAAAAAAAAAACAGUGUAAAUUGCAUGAAAUUACAAAUGAAAGGGGGUUUGAGUGGACAAAGUGUACCCUUUUCUGUUAAAUAUAAAUACAAGACAAAAAGAAAGAAUCAAUUUGAAUCCACAGGACACCCUGGUCAUUAAACACCAGUAUAUUACUGCAGAGCAGAACAACAAAAGGGUAAUUGCACUUUUUAUCUGUCUAAUUGCACUGAGCCUUCAGAGAGGUGAAGUUUCUGUGAAGCCUCUCAGUAGGUCUUAAUCAAACUUGACACACAACAACUCCCUCGGCUCGUAUUGUCUAAGACAAAGAUAUCAAACUCCAGAUCUCAAAUCACCACAGGGCAUGAACAUAAAUACAGUAUGCAUUCUCACAAAAAAA